AAUUCAGUGAUGAUGUAAAUUCUCGUCUGUUACACGUUCCUAAUGAAGUUGGGAAGGACUGUUCCGUAAACUUAAUUCUUCCCUUGACUCACGCUGUGGUAGACUACUGUGCAUACCUUGGAGGAAAUAUCACAAAAGGUGUAUACACCUCUAGGUAUUACACACACACACACACAGAGAAGAGAAGGGUGCGAAUCGGCAGAAGACGUGAGACGUGUCUUGUCUGUCUGUGUGUGGUUCAUGCAUCAAUUUAUUAACCAACAAGCAAACACAUCUCCAAGGGUGUAUUGCCAUCAUUACGAGUUUCUUUAAUCACAAUGAAGUAAAGUUUUAUGCUGUGGGUAGAGGCAGAAUGACAUCUGCAAAGAUGUUUUCCCUGCUGUGUCCAAAAAAAGAGCUUCAGCUUCAUGUAACUCUCCAGUGUGGCCAGUCAUUCCGGUGGAAAGAAAUCAGCCCAGGGAAGUGGCGAGGAGUCAUAGGGCACAAGGUGUGGACCCUCACCCAAGAUGAAUCUCAUAUACAUUACAACAUUUACCCAGAGACAAGUAAUAAUGAAGCAUGUACCAACCCCAAACCAAAACAGAAAACAAAGAGGACAAAUAAAAUAGAUGUUGGACAAGAGAAACUGGAAGCUGUACUUAAAGAUUAUUUUCAAUUAGAUUUUUCCCUUGAAAAGCUGUAUGGUGACUGGAAAAAGGCAGAUUUGAAUUUUAGAUCGGUGUGCCACGAAUUUACAGGUGUUCGCAUGCUGAAUCAAGACCCAGUUGAAAAUGUCUUUUCAUUUAUUUGUUCUUCAAACAAUAACAUCAAAAGAAUUUCCAUGCUUGUGGAGCGAUUAUGUCUGCUGUAUGGCGCUAAGAUUGGCAACCUUGAUGGCACUACCUGGCAUUCUUUUCCCACAGUAUCUUCACUGGCAGCUGAUGGGGUGGAAGAGACACUUCGGGCACAAGGCUUUGGUUACAGAGCCAAAUUCAUCCACAAAUCUGCUCAGAUGAUAAUGGAGAGAGGGGGUGAGGCUUGGCUUUACUCCCUGAGAUCAUUGUCAUAUGAAGAUUGUCAUGCUCAGUUGAUGACCCUCCAUGGUAUUGGUGCAAAAGUGAGUGACUGUAUCUGCCUGAUGUCCAUGGGCCACCUGAGUGCCAUCCCGGUAGAUACACAUGUGUUCCAGAUCGCAGCAAGGGACUACUUGCCUCAUCUACGUUCCUGCAAGACCCUCACACAGAAAGUGUAUUGUGAAAUAGGCGACCAUUUUCGCAAGGUGUUUGGUGAAUAUGCUGGAUGGGCACAUUCUGUCUUGUUUAGUGCAGAUUUGAAGAGAUUUGAAAACAUGAAGUCUCAAGACAAUCAUCCAUCAAAAGAUAAGCAUGCAAAAAGGCAGAAAACCAAACACAGUUGUACAAAAUAGAGACUGAUGUGAUUGUUGUACAGUCCAGCCUUUCUUUGUGUAUUUCAGGAAUGAGAAAAAAAAGUCAGCUUGUAGUAGACCACUGCCACAUGCAGUACAUAAUCGUACCCCUCAUGAUUAGUACAAAUAUGGUGUAUACUUUUAUCAAUAUACACCCACAAUACGUAUAUGGAUGAUUCUUUGAUUGCUAAUUACACAUUACCUUUGAAUAACCUCAGACAAAAUAAGAUGAAAAGAACCAGAAGAUUUGAACUAUUCUGUCAUCCAUUCUUUGUGGUGCUGAUGAUGUGUAUUGGUAUACACUUGACUUGUAACAUUUAAUUUAAUUUGAGAAGUCAUAGCAAGUUAAGAGUGAAUAAGCUGUCAGAUAUCAAGGAACUGCUACAUAUGAAUGCAUUUGUUAUAUAAGGCAUAAAAUUGGACUUUAUAAUGACAAAAAACCUUUGAUUGAUGAUUAUGAUGAAUGCAUUUUAUCUCCUGAUAAUUAUAUUUUCUAUGACUAUUUUGAGAGAGAACAGUUGUAAAGCAUUUGUUUUUAUCUAAAGUGAAUUAUGUAUUUUAGAUGCCAGGAAACUUGCAUGUAAAAUUAGUCUGCUCCUGAAAGGAAUCCUGUUAGGAGAAUUUUCUGGUCUUCUUUCUGAAUGAUUAUGGAUGUUCAUUGAUCCUAAGUCAGAGUAAUGAGAACUGGAAUUGUUUUAAGAAUGGUUACUGUAAUAUUUGAAACUGUAAUUUAUGAAGGAUCAAUAAAUGGAACUUUUCUAAA